AUGUGCGGCAGUCACGAGAUCUGUUAUGGCACGUUAUACGAUGCUUUGGCAAAGCCAGUCGGUAAUACAACCGUCUUGAGGAACACAGCGUCAACUCAAAUGUCAAGUUCGUAUGCGUCUUUUCAUUUGCAACAUAUGGGCGGAGUAGUGAAGCUUUGUUCUGAAGAUGGCGUCAAAUUUGCGAUUCUGGAUGCUCAAACGACUUCGAAGCUCCAAGUAGUGGAUCAAAUCGCAGAGACGCGGUCCGAGGCAGUUGUUGAACUUCGCAGCAUUGUCAAGCGUAAAUCAAAGUCCAGAGAGCCGUUCAACCUCACAGUCAACAUUUUUGGGCCUCGAAAUGCUGCAGAUGAGGUCUCACUGGCGCUUUCGAGGAUUAGUGUCUUCCUUCAGCAUCCACAAGCCCUGGAUAGCCAUAUCGACUACCACAAUCCAGACAUUUUGGUGUUUCCUGGAGAUGAGCUGGUAAUGAGGAAAUACAUCGGCGACGGUAUGCGCUUUAUCCUCAAGCGAGAAGAUGAGACAUUCUGUAAAUACCUGUCAGCACGGAUCUGCACCACUGCCGGUAUCCAGCAUUCCCAAUAUGAAGAGGGUCGGGCAGUUCUUGGCGGUAUGAUUGCAGAUGUAAUGGGGCUUGGAAAGACACUCACCACCCUCGUCUCAAUAUUGCGGUCAUCCUCAAAGGCGUCUGAAUUUCAUUUUGCCAGGCGAGCCUUUCGUGAGCAGGAUGAGAUCCGAACCAAGUCGACAUUAGUAGUCGUCCCAUCUGCUCAGCUACUGGAGAAUUGGGAGUCCGAGAUUGAAUCACACUUUUUCCACGGUGUUCUUCGACACGUACGCUUCCACGGACAGAGUCGACCGAAAGAGGCUGAGGCUCUCCAAAAAUACGACAUAGUUUUAACUACUUAUGCGACAUUAGCCGCCGAUCAUGGUGGUCAGGGUCUCAUGUAUCGCAUGGAAUGGUACCGGAUCGUGCUAGACGAAGCUCAUUGGAUCCGGAAUUCCUCAUCGAAGCAAUUCAAGGCUGCCGCGGAGCUUAACAGCAGGAGAAGAUGGUGUCUGUCCGGGACGCCAAUCCAAAACAGACUGGACGACCUUGCGUCGCUAGCUCAAUUCCUGCGGAUUCACCCUGUUUCGUCGAAAGAUCUAUUUCAGAAGUAUAUUUUUGCGCCUCUCGCGAACACAACCCCUAACUCGAAGCCACUCCGGGCAUACAUGGAGGCUUAUUGUCUGCGGCGGACCGAAUCCUGUCUUUCCUUGCCGGCAAACCGUGAGGUGACUAUUGCUCUUCGCUUGUCAAAGGCAGAGCGAGAAUUAUAUGAUCAAGUAUUGGACGACACUCGACGACAAAUUGAUGACUUGAUCAGCACGGGAAAGAAUUUACGCUGUACCAAACUGUUUACAGCCCUAAUGCGACUGCGGAUGAUUUGCAAUUUGGGGACAUUUCCUAUGGGGAGCACUGACGAGACCUGGGCUUAUGAUUCCACAUUAGGACGCUCAAAAAGCCAGUACCAAUGCGAGCGAUGCUCCACAGUGGACGAAGAUACCCUGCUGCUUCUAUCCACUAUUAUCUUUUCGUACUGGAAGACCACCUUGCGUGUUCUAGCUCGGCUUUUGACUCUUGCUGGCAUCAGCUACAUUCAAGUCGACGGGGAAACAAGCUAUGCGGAUAGAUCAGAAAAUCUGAAGGCUUUUAGAGAAGACCCAGGCUUGCUCGUCAUUCUGAUGACCAUCGAGACUGGUGCUUGGAAUCCCUCAAUAGAGGAGCAGGCGGUCGCCCGAGCUCUCCGGAUGGGCCAAAAGUCCGAAGUCAACAUUUACCGAUAUGUGAUGCAGAAUACCGUUGAACAGAACGUUGUCAAUCUCCAAAAGAGAAAGUCAGGUCUAGCGAAAUUCACACUUGCCACAGGGGCAGACGACAAUAUCUCGAAUACUCUACAGGAGCUGGAGACUAUUCUAGACUUGAAACCUCAAAAGAGGCCUGCUAGUGAAAUGAAAUGA